AUGCUCCUGCCUGCCCCAUUGCUGCUUGUGGCUCUCUGUGUUCCACUGUGGACCCAAGCCUGCGGACCCAGUGAUGAGGACCCACCCACGAAUGUUGUACUAGGGUGGGUCAAACAGCGACUGCUGGAGAGCUUGGGACUGGAGGAGCCACCCAGUGCACGGCCCCACCACCAGCCAAGACACAGACUGGGGCUUACCCAGCACACAGCCUCCACUCGAUUGGGCAGGGCAGCAUUGACAGAGAGGAGAAAAUCUCAGCCGGACACCUCACAGGUCAUCCUGUUCCCCAGCACCGAUUCCACCUGUGUUUCCAGUUCUGACCUCCCGCCAACAGAGGGAGCUGGCCACUUUACCUACUACUUCCAGCCCUCUGGAUACACACUGGAGCGCAGUGUCACCUUGGCUCACUUUUGGUUUUACUCCGGAGGGAAUGGGACAGAACUGCAGGAAGGAAACACGUCGGCACCGGUCUUCAUUCUUACCUCUCACCAGCAGUUAGAAGAAGCAGCAAAACACCCAGAAAAGAGAUCUCCAGAUGGAUGGUCAGUUUACCACAUCAAGAGGCCUAUCCAUUCCCUUCUGUCAGACGGACCUUUCGUUCUCCAGGUGCGUUGUCCAAAUUGCGGCUGCCACUCUGAGCCCGAAAAGACCCCCUUUCUUCAGUUCCACAUGCUACCAAAAAGCCCAGAGCGAUCAAGGAGGUCCUCUGUUCCAUGGUCUCCUACUGCCAUUGACCUCCUGCAAAGGCCAUCCCAAGAGCAGCCUGUAUACAAUGACUGCCACCGCAUGGCUCUUAAUAUCUCCUUAGAGGAACUGGGCUGGGACAACUGGAUCGUACACCCAAGAGCAUUCACUUUUCACUACUGCCAUGGGAAUUGCUCCAGCAGAGAACACAUGACCACCUACCUUGGGAUCAAGCAGUGCUGCGCUCCCGUCCCGGGUACCAUGAAGUCUCUUAAAUUUCGUACAACCUCCGACGGUGGAUAUUCUUUCAAGUACGAUACACUUCCCAACAUGAUUGCAGAGGAGUGCUCCUGUAUUUAGCAGGAGCUUUGAAUGCCAUCACUGAUCUGGGACUACCUUUACAUUAUGUAGCAAAGCUGACAUGCCUGACAUUCUAGUGCCCACUAU